CUUAUGGAACUGAUCUUAUAUUAUGAUUACAAUUAAAAAAUUGUACAUAAUAGAAAAACUCUAUCUGAAAAUAAAAGUGCUCUGUUGAUGUGCCACAUAGAAUAGAAUAGACAUUUUUAUGUAUGUAUUAAAAUAUACAAUUCUAAUAUUAUAAUUCGAUUUUGAUCAAUCUUUUAAUACAUUUCUUGUUUUGAUCAUAUAUAUUUGUAGGUUAUUAAUCUGAAUUGGACGCGUUUCGUAUACAUGGUAGAAGAAGUAUCGUGCCUUAAUAAUAUCAACCAAUCAGAAUUUGUCCCGAGAAUUUAAAUAAUGAUGGCGUAAUAUAUAACCGGUAGAAAAUAAGAGAAACAGUUUAUAUUUGAAAAUAUGGAUAAUACAAGGAUUAAUAACAAUGUAUCAUUUAAUAUAAUCAUUUCUUACGAUUUCAAUUAAUUCGUGAUUUUGAUACGCGCGCGCGUUGAUGUAUUUUAUCCAUGCCGUAUUUUCAUUUUUCCCUUAUAUCAAGGAAACUGAAAGAAAAUUGACGUUUCUAUGAUGCUACAUGAAGAAUAUUGUCAAGUGCACGUAUAAUGGUGUUUUUAAACGAACAAAGGCACAUUAUACUUUUAUUAUUAAAGUGAAAUCAAUCGGUAGUUGACAAGUAUAUUAUUUAUCCUAUUUAUAUUUUUAUCCUAUUAUUCCAAAUUUGCAUAUUUUUAAAUUGUAAAUUCUUAGUAUUAUUAUUUAAAUAAUUAUCAAGAAUGGAAGAUCACUCUGCUCGGUCAAGUUUUGGUACUGGUGGAUUGCACACACGUCCAAAGCUUCAGCCAGUUCGUGUUAAAGCCUUAUUGAAUUUUUGCGAAAGCGACGAUGAAGAAAGUGAAGACAAAACAAUAAAUUUAGAAAAUGAAGCAGACCACGAUUUAACCCAAGAUGUAUGUCACAAUGAUUUCUACUCCGAAUCUGUAUAUCUCUCUGAAAAUAUCCAUGAUCAAUCAAAAGAAGCAUACAUGGGUAACAACAGUACACCGUCCAACUCUUCUUUCAAAGGACAUUUACAAGCUACUAGUAGUAUUGGCUCAUCAUUGAAAAUGAAUACUAUUCUAUGUAGUAAUGUUAAUAGAACCGAUAACCAGGAAAAAGAAAUUAAUCAGAAAAAUAAUCAUGAAACAAUAUCUUUGGGAAGUACUUAUGCAGAGAAUAUCAAAAGCAACGAUUCAUCGAAUAUGACAAGUCAUGGAAAUUUUUUAUUUCUUGAUAUGAAGAAAGAUGAAGAAGAUGCUAAUUUAAGAUUAAAGUUGUAUCAGAAAAAUGUAUUAGAUAUUAAAAUAGAUGAAAAUGUUCCAGCAAAUAUCUAUGCUGAAGAGAGAGAAGGAAAUGCGAUAGUGGAAGAAGAUAUUUAUAGAGAAACAUUUAAUCAUAAGAGUGAAAAUAAAGUUGGUAAAAAUACUAAUUGCGAUAUGGUCUCUAGACUGGUCGAUGACAAAAGUACAUUGGGAAAUAUUAAUCCUACAGUUAUAAAUACAUCUAGAUCUAAAUCUCCUAUGAACGAGGAGAAGCACUUGGAAAAUGCUUCUUCUUUCGAGACUCCAUCGACUAGAUCAUCCGUUCAUUCCGACACAGUCCUUUCCACAUUAAUGCAGAAUAAUGCAAAACAAGUGCCUUUGCAAAGUAGAGGUUUAUCUGUUUUAUCUACGCCAACUCCUGCCAAUUCGAUAUUAAUGCAAGUAAUAAGAAAGAAGGAUGAUACGCCUAGGUAUCCUUAUCAACGAGAAAAACGUAUAAGACAACCCUUAGGAAUUACUAUGAGCUUAGAUCAAUCUAAUCCUGUUGAUAACUUGCCCAUCUACUCGACAGAAUCUAAAGUUCGAACGUUAAACAGUAAACAACUGUCGAGAGUAGAAGAAGCUGAAGUUGAUAGCAAUGUAGCUGACACACUACAUAGAGAGAUCAAUUCGGAUAGAAACUGUAUAAUUAAAGAAAACUCAAAGAAACUAGAGAACAAGUUUAUACAGUCACUCGUUAGUAGUUCAACUGAACAGUCGGAAAUUGGACAAAAUGAUGGAAGAAAGAAAAAUAGUCUGAAAGAAAUAGCAUUUGUUUCUGAUAAACAUGCUACAUCCACCUCUAAAGAAGAAUUUAUGAAUUCAAAAGAACAAAAUGUCGUUUCCAACGAAAAAAAAAUAGAAGAGAAUAUAAAACAAGUUGCAGAUACAAUAUCUAAUGUGCAAUUUUCAAUACCAUCCAAUUUCUCCUGUUCCAUGGAAAGAUAUAAGAAGAUAACGGUGAAAAAUAAAGAAUAUUUAAUUCUGGGUACUUUAGGACGCGGUAUGAGCGGAGAAGUUUUACGAGUACAAGACUUGGUGUCAUCUGAAUUACGAGCAAUCAAAUGCGUCAAUUUGAGCCGCAUGGAUAAAGAAUCGGCCCAAGGAUGUUUAGAAGAAAUUUCUAUGCUACAUAAACUGCAGGCUUCCUGUAUAGUCAGGAUGUUUGAUUAUGAGAUUAAAAAUCCUUUGGUCUAUGUAGUAAUGGAGAUGGGCGAUACAGAUCUUAGUCGUUUAUUAAAACUUACAUCACAAGAAAAACAACUUCCAUUAACAAUGAUUCUUUACUAUUGGACGGAAAUGUUGACGGCUGUUAAACAUAUACAUGACCACGGAGUCAUACAUUCAGAUUUAAAACCAGCUAAUUUUUUAUUGGUGUGCGGUCGUUUGAAAUUAAUAGACUUUGGUAUUGCUUCUAGCAUAAAUGCGGAUAUGACAUCUGUUGUGAAAAGUUGUCCAAUCGGUACUUUAAAUUAUAUUAGUCCAGAAGCUUUAAUGGAUAUAGGAGAAAAUGGAGAUUCUCCUAAUCACAAUGUUAAAUAUAAAAUUAGUUACAAAUCAGAUGUGUGGUCUUUGGGAUGUAUUUUAUACGGUCUUGUAUAUGGACAAACUCCAUUUCAUCACAUACGUUCUCAAUGGGCUAAGGUCAAUGCAAUAACGAAUCCAAACCCAAAGAUUGCCUUUCCAACGUCUAUUCUUUUGUUUAAUAAGAAAUUUGAGCCACCCCCUAUUUUAAUCGAUGUGAUGCGUAAAUGCCUUCAGCACAAUCCUAAAGCUAGACCAACGGUAGCAGAACUUUUACAGAUACAGUAUAUACCUAUCAAUCAGAAUGCCAAACCUCUAUUACCUCCAGAGAUAUCUCCAAGCAUUUUAGUAAAGAUAAAGCAUGCAUUAACUGAAGAAGAAUGGAGAAGACUGACGCAGGUAUUGGAAAAGAAGGAUGUUGAAUAAGCAAAGAGUAUUCCUGUUACGUGCUGAUGGUCACAAUUCAUUGUACAUAGAAUAUAUAUGUAUAUAUUACUACUUGCUAAUUAUAUAUAUUCUAUAUAUAUAUAUA